AUCAAUGAAUCAAGAUCAAAAUGACAAUGAUGAUGAUGAUGAUGAUCGAUCAUCAUUAUUGAAUCGUAUGCCACAUUGUACAUCAUUUUGUCCAAAUAUUCAUUUCAAUGGUCAUUGCCAUUGUACAGUACUAUCGUCCAUGUUAUCAACAAAACAAGAUGAUCAAAGUAUUGAUAUACGAAUCGAAUGUCGUCAUACAAAUGCUAGUAUUUUGAUGACUGAUAUCGAAAAUUUGGCGUCAUGUAAUUCGACAAUUAAUUUAUUAGAAUUAUCGGUAAAAGAUUCGAAUCUAACACAUCUUUAUAAUUUGCCCAGUGGUUUGUAUAAUGUACAGAAAAUGUUUCUCGAUAAUACCGGUAUCGAUUUGGAAACAAUUCGUGAAAGUCAAGAAUUGUUGAAAUCAUUACGAGUAUUGCGAAUAAGUAAUGAAAAUUUUACUGAAAUUCAACGAAAUCUAUUCAACGGGAUGGAAGAAUUGAAAGAAUUAUCGUUGAAUAAACUUGGCAUGGCAUAUAUCAAUAUCGAAGCAUUUGUUUCAUUACAGGAUUCAUUGACAUUGUUGGAAUUACGAUCGAAUAAAAUUCGUACCGUGCCAACGGCUGUACAAAGUUUGUCGCAUUUAGAAUGUUUAGAUCUUAGCGGUAAUGAUAUUAAAUCCGUUACUGAUGGUAAUACAGGAAUAUUCAGUUCAGGAUUAAGACGAUUAAAAAGAUUAGGAAUCAAUACUAUGAAUUGUUCAUGUGAAUUUGGUAAAAGUAAAUUUGCCACAUGGCUACGUACACAUGGUAUCAAAGGUGUUCAAUGUGCAAUGCCUGAACGUUUUCUAGAUAAAGAUGUAUCGAAUACAGCGAUUGAAGAAUUUUGUGAACCAUGGCCAAAUUCUAAUGUUCGAAUUGAAUCAAAUUGUCCGAUGAUCAUCAUCAUUAUUAUUAUUUUUAUUACAUUACAGCAGUUGUUG